CCCGGCCCUGCCCCGCCUCCCCGGCCCCUUCCGCGUCUUCCUUCCGGGUCGCGCCGGGCGGGCUUGCAGCCGCUGUGCCGCAGCCAGAGAGUCGGGGAGCCGCCCCCACGUCCAGGCCUUUUCGCGCCGCCUGGUCGCGGGUGAAGCCCGCGGCGCGCGCCUCUCCCGGACCCUGCAGGGUAAAAGAAUGUCACAUGUCAGCAUUUGUACCUGAAGUCAGCAUGCAAAUUUCAGGGUACAUGGACGAAUGCCAACUUUUGCAUUUCCCAUGUGUAUCCUGUGACCGUUCUAUCUGGGAACAUCCUUCAAAGAGUCCGUGCGUCUUACUGAGGACACCUGACCUUUUGAAGCUUCAUAAUUCACAUCUAGAUGUCACCAGUCUUUCCCAUGUUAACAGUUCUGACUAUGUUUUAUUAUAUAUGCCUUCGGCGCCGAGCCAGGACAGCUACAAGAGGAGAGAUGAUGAACAGCCAUAGAGCCAUAGAAUCAAACAGCCGGGCUUCCCCUCUCAAUGCAGAGGUGGUCCAGUAUGCCAAAGAAGUAGUGGAUUUCAGUUCCCAUUAUGGAAGUGAAAAUAGUAUGUCCUAUACUAUGUGGAAUUUGGCUGGUGUACCAAAUGUAUUCCCAAGUUCUGGUGACUUUACUCAGACGGCUGUGUUUCGAACUUAUGGGACAUGGUGGGAUCAGUGUCCUAGUGCUUCCUUGCCAUUCAAGAGGACACCACCUAAUUUUCAGAGCCAGGACUAUGUGGAACUUACUUUUGAACAACAGGUGUAUCCUACAGCUGUUUAUGUUCUAGAAACCUAUCAUCCCGGAGCAGUCAUUAGAAUUCUCGCUUGUUCUGCAAAUCCCUAUUCCCCAAAUCCACCAGCUGAAGUAAGAUGGGAGAUUCUUUGGUCAGAGAGACCUACGAAGGUGAAUGCUUCCCAAGCUCGCCAGUUUAAACCUUGUAUUAAGCAGAUAAAUUUUCCCACAAAUCUUAUACGACUGGAAGUAAAUAGUUCUCUUCUGGAUUAUUACACUGAAUUAGAUGCGGUUGUGCUACAUGGUGUGAAGGACAAGCCAGUGCUUUCUCUCAAGACUUCAAUUAUUGACAUGAAUGAUAUAGAAGAUGAUGCCUAUGAAGAAAAGGAUGGUUGUGGAAUGGACAAUCUUAACAAAAAGUUUAGCAGUGCUGUCCUCAGGGAAGGGCCAAAUAAUGGGUAUUUUGAUAAACUACCUUAUGAGCUUAUUCAACUGAUUCUGAAUCAUCUUACGCUACCAGACCUGUGUAGAUUAGCACAGACUUGCAAACUACUGAGCCAGCAUUGCUGUGAUCCUCUACAAUACAUCCAACUCAAUCUGCAACCAUACUGGGCAAAACUAAAUGACAGCUCUCUGGAAUUUCUCCAGGCUCGAUGCACUCUGGUCCAGUGGCUUAAUUUAUCUUGGACUGGCAAUAGAGGCUUCAUCUCUGUUACAGGAUUUAGCAGGUUUCUGAAGGUUUGUGGAUCUGAAUUAGUACGACUUGAAUUGUCUUGCAGCCACUUUCUUAAUGAAACUUGUUUAGAAGUUAUUUCUGAGAUGUGUCCAAAUCUACAGGCCUUAAAUCUCUCCUCCUGUGAUAAGCUACCACCUCAAGCUUUCAACCACAUUGCCAAGUUAUGCAGCCUUAAACGACUUGUUCUCUAUCGAACAAAAGUAGAGCAAACAGCACUGCUCAGCAUUUUGAACUUCUGUUCAGAGCUUCAGCACCUCAGUUUGGGCAGUUGUGUCAUGAUUGAAGACUAUGAUGUGAUAGCUAGCAUGAUAGGAGCCAAAUGUAAAAAACUCCGGACCCUGGAUCUGUGGAGAUGUAAGAAUAUCACUGAGAGUGGAAUAGCAGAACUGGCUUCCGGGUGUCCGCUUCUGGAGGAGCUGGACCUCGGCUGGUGCCCAGCUCUGCAGAGCAGCGCCGGGUGCUUCACCAGACUGGCGCGCCAGCUCCCAAACCUGCAGAAACUCUUCCUUACAGCUAACAGAUCUGUGUGCGACACAGACAUUGAAGAAUUGGCAUGUAAUUGUACCAGGUUACAGCAGCUGGACAUAUUAGGAACAAGAAUGGUAAGUCCGGCAUCCUUAAGAAAACUCCUGGAAUCUUGUAAAGAUCUUUCCUUACUUGAUGUGUCCUUCUGUUCACAGAUUGAUAACAGAGCUGUGCUAGAACUGAAUGCAAGUUUUCCAAAAGUGUUCAUAAAAAAGAGCUUUACUCAGUGACUUAAUAUAUGUUCUGUAAUAAUGUGCUUUGGUGGGGUUUUAUUUUAGGAUUGGUUUUGGGUUUUGUUUUUAGUUGUUUUAAUGGUCAGAAUUAAGACAUUUGUAGAUUUUAAAGAAAAAUAUGAAAUUGUUCAUUAAAUCAAGUAAAAAUGUGCACAAAUGUUUUCAUAUAAUAUUGCAAGCACUUUUCUUCAAGAAUAUGUGAGUGGAUGAUAUUAUUUUUACCUUACGUUAAUCAGUGAUACUGUGCUUUAGUCAGUAAUUAAUGUGAUUGAUAAAAGAAUAACAUGGAGACAUGCUAACUUAUUUUUGAAGGAACACUGAGCAAUAAAGUAUCAUGGUAUUUAUGCAAAAAAAAAAAAA